AUGAAAAUUGCACUUCGAGCUAAACGAAAGUUAGGGUUCAUCGAGGGUACAUGCAAGAGGAGUUCCUUCAAGGGUGAUCUGGUAGAAGAAUGGGAGCGCAUCAAUGCCACAAUUCUGACUUGGAUCAUGAAUACGGUAUCUAAGGAGUUGGUGAAUGGAAUUGUGUACGCAGAUGAUGCUCAUGCUUCUUUGAUUCCUAGUGUGUGUGGUUGUGCUAAGUCAAAAGAGUUUUUAGUUGAUCUGGAGCAACAAAAUCUUUUUCGGUUUAUGAUGGGAUUAAAUGAGUUGUAUAGUAUUGUUAGAAGUCAAAUUCUCUUAAUGGUACCAACUCCCUCCGUCAGUCCGACUCAUGCUAUGUUGGCUCAUGAAGAAAGUCAGAGAAUCAUUUGUGAGUCUAGUUCUAGUUCACACGGAAAUAUAGUGAGUGAAAUGUAUGAAGAAACAACUUUGUUGAGUUAUAAAAGGAAGAAGAAACCAAUAUACAGACAAGCUAAUGCAGUGAUGAAUAACAAUAAUUCUUUUGUAAGUGAAGAUGCAGGUUGCAAGGUAAGUGCAGGAGAUCAUCAUGGAUACAUGCAGGGUACCCAAUACAAGAAUAAGCAAGGAAAUAUGCAGAGUGUGCAGUAUCACAAGGAUAAUGAUCAUAAGGCAAGCAGCAGUACUGGCCGAAGUCGUGGAUCAGGAAUGCAGAAGUACUUCACUAAUGAGCAAUAUGAUCAGAUUAUUGGACUCCUGAACAAAAGCAAAGGAGUAGUAAAUGCACCUGCAGUUCAUAUGGUAGAUAAUGUUACCUUUAAAUAUGCAGGGAAAAACACUGAUCCUAGGGUUAUAAAUACAGGAGCAACCAACCAUAUGACUAACAAUGCAAAAUUGUUGACAUAUAUGACUGAUUUACCAGCUUCUAGGAAAGGUAAUGUCCAUCUCCCUAAUGGUAAGAGUGUUUCUGUUACUUAUCAAGUACUUUUCUUUCCAAAAUUUUAUGUGUUCAAGGACCUACGCAAUGGGAAAGUGAAGGGGAUUGGUAAAGAAGAAGGAGGUUUGUAUGUUCUCAAGGUUGAAAAUCAUGAUGGAACACAAGACAUGAAUGUAGUCAAUAAAAUGAAUAGUUGUUUAGCUGAAGUAUCUACAGUAGAUUUUGAAGAUUGGCAUAAAAGACUUAGACAUAUACCAGAAAAUGUGAUGAAGAAGAUUGUUAUUCUGAAGAAUAAAGUUCCUCUGUGCAAGUUUAAUAGUUGUACAAUGAUAAGAACAGAUAAUGGUGCAGAGUUCCUCAGUAAAGAGUGCACUAAUGAUUUGCUAAAUAGUGGUAUUGAACAUCAAACCAGUUGUCCUCAUACUCCACAACAGAAUGGAGUAGUUGAAAGGAGGUACAGGCAUAUCUUGGAAAUGGCUAGAGCUAUCAGAUUCCAAGGCAGUAUACCAUUGCAUUUAUGGGGUGAAUGUGUGCUUGCAGCAGUUUUUCUCAUUAACAAGAUACCAUCUGUUGUUUUACAUGAUGUUCCCACUCCAACACAUGUGUCUACUCAUGAAGCAUUAUCUUCUGAUAAUGCACCAGCUGAGCCUUUUUCACCUGUUAUAGCUUCACGUGAAUCAUCAACAUUACCUUCUAAUCCCUCUCAUCAUCCUCCAGAUAUUUCAGUGCAUUCUACGUCUCCUAAUGUUGUUCCAGUAUUGAGAAAGUCUUCUAGAGGUUCUAAAAUUCCAGCAUGGAUAUCUGACUUUGUCUGUCCUAUUAAAUCUAAGUCAGCUUGCAAAUAUUCUAUGUCUAAUGUGUUGGGUUACAGUUCACUGUCAGCUUAUUCUCAGGCUUAUGCUGUAACUCUUUCUACUGAUAUUAAACCUAGUUUUUAUGCUGAAGCCAUCACUGAUCCCAGAUCAAAUAUAAGUCUACUGAAGAAGUGGAGGUUUAAGGCUCGACUUGUUGCUAAAGGUUAUAGCCAACAGGAAGAUUUAGACUACCAAGAAACUUUCUCUCCUGUGGUGAAGAUGGUCACAGUUCAAGCUGUAAUUGCUUUGACUGCUAAGAAGAAUUGGCCUUUGUACCAAAUGGAUGUUUAUAAUGCCUUCUUGCAAGGUGAUAUCGAAGAAGAAGUUUACAUGCAGCUCCCACCUGGAUUUGAUAGCAUCUUGUGUAUAUGUUAG